UAUCCCCACUUUUUCCUCCCUAUAAGAACACAUUUUCUAAAGUUCCAUUCACAAUUCUAAGCUUUUGUGGUGCAUUAUUCUUGGAUCCUUAGAAGUGUCAUGGGUAGAAUUGGUGCCACCAUUGCAAUUCCAAGCUUUUGCUUGAAUAGAAUUAGGCCUCAUGUACAAAUCCGGUUUUCACCAAUCAAGAAUCAUGCAAAACAUCAUGGUACCACCAAGAAUGAAGAUGAUGAUGAAGAAGAGAGAAGGGUAGUUAAAGGGUGGGGUGGUGGUGGUGUUGAUGAGGAGGAGGAAGAGAAGAAGAAGAAUUCUGGAGACGCCACCGUCAAGUUUCCGGGCCGAAAAAUCAUGAUUUUGGUUGAUUCAAGCCUUGAAGCUAAGAAUGCAUUGCAAUGGGCACUCACCCACACUGUUCAGAGCCAAGAUGUUGUGGUCCUUCUUUAUGUAACCAAACGGUCCAAACCUUCUUCCAAACAAGGUCAAGAGCAUAGCAAUGAAAUAAGUCCAAGAAUCUCUGAAUUUCUUUCAUCCAUGAAAAAUACUUGCAAACUAAAGAGACCAGAGGUAGAAGUUGAGGUAGCAAUAGCAGAAGGAAAGGAAAAAGGUCCGGCGAUAGUGGAGGAGGCAAGGAGGCAAGGGGUGGCGCUGCUGGUUUUGGGACAGAAGAAACGUUCCACGACGUGGCGGCUGGUGAUGAUGUGGGCGGGGAAUCGGGUGGCGGCCGGCGUUGGCGGCGGCGGCGUGGUGGAGUAUUGCAUACAGAAUGCUACAUGCAUGGCCAUAGCGGUGAGGAGGAAAAGCAAGAAGCUUGGGGGUUACUUGAUCACCACUAAAAGGCAAAAAGAUUUCUGGCUUUUGGCAUGAACUCUAUAUAUUAUUAUAUUAUUGGAUUAAUUAGUUGCUAGUUUCAUUUAAUUGAGUGGGAUAAUAUAUAUUUGCUCUAUUACAUAUAGUUUCUUCUUGUUGUAAACAAAAAAACAUAGCACAUAUAUGAUUGGUAUUAAAAUGAGAAGGGGUUGAAUUGAUACU